GUGUGGGGAAAAAAAGGGGGAGGGGUGUCUUAUACUGUGAUUGGCCACGUGCAGGAACGUAAAACCACACCAGGCUUGUCGGAGCAGCUGCGGUUUGUUACAGGUUGUGGGAACUGAUUGCAGAUGCAGAUAUUUGUCGCUCCUGCUCGUCCUUGCGUUCUGCUCACAAACUUAAAAAAAUAAAUAAUUAUUUUCUUCAUUUUUUAAUUCUUUUGCUCCGACAUCCUCCCCGUUUCCACAGAUAAGCGUGUCGCGCGCAGCGUUUCGGUGGCUCCUCCGCCACACAGCGAGAGGGUCCGCGCGCACAUUUCAGCACGCUGGACAGCGCGCGGCGCCGCAGAGGCGGUGCGUGGAUUCAACCGGUGGCUUUCAGCACGUUCACCAAAGUGAGAGGAGUGUUUCAGGCGGUGUUACAUAAGGAAACUCUUCCUUCUCCACACGUGGGAUCGCUGGUUUGAUUUCUGGAUCACGCGGAGCAGUAAUUUAUCUUUUACUCUCGCUCUCUUUUUUUCCUUCCUUUUUUUAAAAUAUAAAACUAACUCUGCCGUGCGGGAAGACGUGCCCAGCCGUGUGAGUGAGUGGGUUGACUCCAGAAACCGUGCUGACCAGCGUGGAAUAAGGUGCCGACGAAAGACCCUCCAUUUAUAAGAAGGAUGCUGUUGGGAAAUGCCUGGAGACAGAGAUGACGAGAUUUGUCAAAAAGCACUUGAACUCCUGUCCGAUCUUUGCUCGAAGGGGGAAGUGCAGAACGAAAACUGUCUGGAAUUUAUCUACUACUUCCGAGACCUGGCAAGGCCACGCUAUUCGGAUUCAGAUAUAUCGGUGAGUCUACUGUCACUGGUAGUGACAGCCUGUGGUUUGGCCCUGUUUGGGGUUUCGCUUUUUGUCUCUUGGAAACUCUGCUGGAUACCAUGGAGGGAACGAGGGCUUUCCCCCACCACAAAGGAGGCUCAUGGGCACAUCAACCCCACAAUGAGCCCACCGCCCUCACAACCUGCACCCAGACAGCCAGUUUACACAGCCGUGGACCCUCCAGUACUCAACCGACGUAAAUCAUCACACUGCUCUGUCACCAAAGAGCCCAUGCCUGUGGCGUCUGUAGUGUCAGUGGAGGCUCCAAUGACUCCUGUAUCACCCCCACCUGUUGUCAUGGCCACACCAGAGGCAGCUAUGAAGAUAAGUCACACAUCUCCAGACAUACCAUUAGAUGCCCAAAGUAAAACUCAAGAAAAUGGGGUCCACACUAACCCUCGUAUGCAGAGGCAGACCACUGAACCAGCACCAGGUGGUUGCUCAGUGUCUGAAAUGGGUCAGGGUUCCAUUCGCAGACAUAUGAACCUCUCAAACCCAGACUUUAAUGUGGCACAGUUUCAAAGGCAGGACUCUCUGACUGGAAUGGGUUUGGGCCUUGGCCGCCUCAAACCGGAGCUCUACAAGCAACGCUCUCUCGAGGGGGAAGACGGCACUCGCAGAGGUGGAGGUUGUGGACGCCUCCAUUUUAUUCUCAAAUUUGAUUGUGACUUGGAACAAUUAAUAGUUAAAAUCCACAAAGCAGAGGACCUCCCAGCCAAGGACUUUUCUGGGACCUCUGAUCCAUAUGUUAAGAUCUACCUGCUGCCUGAUCGUAAGACCAAGCACCAGACCAAAGUACAUCGCAAGACGCUCAAUCCUGUAUUUGAUGAGGUCUUCCUGUUUCCUGUGGCGUACUCUGAGCUUCCCACUCGAAAGCUGCACUUCAGCGUCUACGACUUUGAUCGUUUUUCCCGUCAUGACAUCAUUGGUCAAGUGGUGGUCGACAGCUUUUUGGAUCUGGCAGAUUUCCCCAGGGAGACAAAACUUUGCAGAGAAAUCCAAUAUGUCUCCUCGGAUAACGUGGAUCUCGGGGAUCUGAUGUUUUCWCUCUGCUACUUGCCGACAGCGGGCAGAUUGACCAUCACCAUGAUUCAGGCUCGCAAUCUCAAGGCCAUGGACAUCACUGGUGCAUCUGAUCCGUAUGUGAAGGUCUCACUGAUGUGUGAGGGUCGUAGACUGAAGAAGAGGAAGACAUCGACGAAGAGGAACACUUUGAAUCCAGUCUAUAAUGAGGCCAUCGUCUUUGAUGUCCCUCCAGAAAACAUAGAGCAAAUCAGCCUUUUGAUAGCAGUGAUGGACUAUGAUCGGGUGGGCCAUAAUGAAGUCAUCGGUGUGUGUCGAAUCGGCAAUGAUGCAGACAGCCUUGGUAGAGAACACUGGAGUGAAAUGCUCACAUAUCCCCGAAAACCUGUCGCCCACUGGCAUCCUCUUGUUGAGUACCAAGGGACUACAGGUAGUAGCCAGGGAGGAUCCUGUAAUUCUCUAAAGGCGCCUCCUUCUCCGUAGCCUUGAGCAACAUUUAACAGAAGAAAACACAUCAACCUAAAGCCACCCCUGCUGAGUGCUGCUGAGUUUUCUUCAUAGAUGAUUUUAACAAAAAUGCAGACAGUUAUUAAAAUCUAUGAAAAGGAUGGACACAAACUGUCUUGUGUUGCAUGUUGAAUGACCGCAAAAAUGGAUGUUCCCUUUUUUUAUAUAAUGUUCCAUUAGAAAAACAGGGGUAUGCAGACAUUAAAGUCCAAGCUAUUCCUGGGUUUAUACAGUCAAAUUAGUUUUCUUAUUUAUUUAUAUAUUUUAUUAGUUUUUGUCUUUAUUUAUUUAUUUAUUUUGCAGUCUUGUAUUCGUUUCAAUAAAGUGAGUCUGUACUUGCAAAAUGUACUUAAAAUAAGAUGAAUUGUCAUAUUGUUUUUGUUUUUCAUUUGAUGGUGAAAUGGUGCAUGAGCUCAUAGUUUGGUGGGAUAUCUUCUAAUUUGUUUGUUUUUGUUUCAGUCUUUGCAAUACAGUGUGUUCUUCUGUCGGUURAUGUGCAGUGACAGUUAUUUUCUAGAGAAAAUAUCUGUAAGUAACAUAUGUUAAAUGUUGGAAAUAAAUAGUGUCCUAUGAAAACAA